CACAGCAGGCUUGACAGCUCAGCACCCCUGCUGGGUAGAUGUGGAUCUAACAAACUCAGAAGAGGAAUGGCAAUUUUUCUGCUUCUUAAUUAUAAAAGGUGAAAGGUGAAUUAAAACUUGAUGUCUGGCAAGUCCAAGCAAAGGGCUGAUUUCCUAGGAUUUAACUGCACAAGGAGGAGUUCAUUCUUUUUUUCUUUUUCUUUUCACUGGUUAGCUUUUAGCAGUGAGAGUAAUUGCUUGGUGUUGCUCAGCAUUCAAACACAUCAGCUGCACAGACCUCAGCACUUGGGGCAGGGAGGGACUCUACACAGUGACAUAUCAGCCCUGUGUGUAAAUAAUGUCAUGGCCAGCACAGAGAGACUGCUGCCUUGCAUAGUCUAAUGAAGCAUGACAUUUAGGAAAUGUGUACUGGGAUGUAAAAAAAAAAAAAUAAGGGAUUUCUCUGGGGAUUGUCAAGGGACUGAAUAGAGAACUAUUCUUUAAAAUACAGCAGAAGAGGUGAAGACGAAGAAGAAAUUACACUGUCUUUUUCCCAGCAUGGCAUAUAUCAUGGUCCCUGCAUUUUUUCUUACUGGGCUAUGUGUACUUGGGUCGUUGGCAAUAGAUACGAGGCAACCAAGGUUACGUUUGUCCUUCAAAGAGCUCUGGGAUUUAAACAGAACGUCAGUCUUCAACAGCCCAUUCGGAUUUCUUAACCUUCGUAUCAUGUUUUUGGAUGAGUAUCAAGAAAGACUGUAUGUGGGAGGCAAAGAUCUUGUGUAUUCUCUUAGCUUGGAGCAAGUUAGCCAAAACUACAAAGAGAUACAUUGGCCAAGCAGUGAUCAACAAGUUGACGACUGCUUCCAGAAAGGGAGAGAACCUGCUGAAUGUUCAAAUUUUGUUCGAAUCAUUCAUCAUUAUAAUAGAACUCAUCUUUUGGCUUGUGGAACAGGAGCCUUUGAUCCAGUAUGUGCCUUCAUAAGAGUUGGACACCGUUCACAGGAGCACAUAUUUCAUCUGGAAACACAGAAAAUAGAGAGGGGGCGUGGGAGAUGCCCUUUCGAUCCAGACUCUUCACUUGUUUCAACUUUUACUGGUGGUGAGCUGUUUGUUGGCCUUUACAAUGACAUUUGGGGAAGAGAUGCUACAUUCUUUCGGAGUAUGGGACACCUGCCACAUUUACGAACGGAGCAUGAUGAUGAUAGAAUUCUGAAAGAUCCAAAGUUUGUUGGCUCCUACAUGAUUCCAGACAAUGAAGACAAAGAUGACAAUAAGAUAUAUUUCUUUUAUACUGAAAAAGCAAUGGAAGGAGACAGUGGAAUCCAGGCAAUAUAUACCAGAGUUGGUAGAGUCUGUGCGAAUGACAUUGGGGGACAGAGAAUGAUGGUAAAUAAGUGGACCACUUUCCUGAAAUCACGAUUGAUCUGCUCGGUGCCAGGAACAAAUGGGAUUGAUACAUAUUUUGAUGAGCUUGAGGAUGUUUUCUUGCUGCAUACCAGGGAUAAUAAAAAUCCAGAGGUUUUUGGACUAUUCAGCACCACUAGCAACAUUUUCAAAGGAUAUGCCAUAUGUGUUUAUCAUAUGGCCAACAUUCGAGAAGCAUUUAAUGGUCCAUAUGCUCACAAGGAAGGGCCAGAGUAUCAUUGGUCAAUGUAUGAAGGAAAAGUGCCUUAUCCAAGACCUGGAACAUGUGCCAGUAAGGUGAAUGGAGGUCAGUAUUCUACCACCAAGGAUUAUCCUGAUGAAGCUCUGCGCUUUGCUAGAAGCCAUCCACUGAUGUAUGAGUCUAUUAAGCCUGUUCAUAAAAGGCCAAUUCUUGUGAAGGCAGAUGGAAAAUACAAUCUGAAACAAAUAGCUGUAGAUAGGGUAGUAGCAGAAGACGGUCAAUACAACGUUGUGUUUCUUGGAACAGACAAUGGCAUUGUACUGAAAAUUAUAACAAUUUACAAUCAAGAAACAGAAAUAAUGGAAGAAGUAAUUUUGGAAGAACUUCAAGUAUUUAAGCUCUCUGAGCCAAUACUCUCAAUGGAAAUCUCAACAAAAAGACAAAAGUUGUAUGUUGGAUCAGCAAAUAGUAUUGUCCAAGUAAAAAUUCACCAGUGUGAAAUGUAUGGGACUGCUUGUGCUGACUGCUGCCUGGCCAGAGAUCCAUAUUGUGCCUGGGAUGGGAUCACAUGUUCUAGGUACUUGCCAAUAGGAACACACUCGAAGAGACGAUUCCGAAGGCAAGAUGUUCGCCAUGGCAACGCAGCCCAGCAGUGCUUUGGGCAUCAUUUUAAUGGGGAAACCCUGGAAAAGACUGAAGAACAAAUGGUUUAUGGGAUAGAAAACAACAGCACUCUUUUGGAAUGCAUGCCACGCUCUUUACAAUCUAAAGUUGUCUGGUUUGUACAGAGGACUCAUGAAUCAAAAAAGGAAGAGGUGAAGACAGAUGAAAGAAUUAUAAAAACAGACUACGGCCUCCUCUUCCUCAAGCUGCAUCGAAUGGAUGCUGGUGUGUAUUUUUGUCAAACUGUUGAGCGCACAUUUGUUCAUACCGUUCGAAAAAUUACCCUUGAGAUUGUAGAAGAAGAGCGGGUGGAUGAAAUGUUUAACAAAGAGGAAGAGGAAGAAAUAAUUCAUAAAAUGCCAUGCCCCGUACAAACCAACAUUCCACAUGUCACAAAACCUUGGUAUAAGGAGUUUCUACAGCUUAUUGGUUAUAGCAAUUUUCAGAAAGUGGAGGAAUAUUGUGAAAAAGUGUGGUGCACUGAUAAGAGGAGAAAAAAAUUAAAAAUGAUACCAAACAAAUGGAAAUAUGGAAACCAACAGGAACGAAAGUCACGUGCUAGAUCAGAUCAUUAUCGUGUACCAAGACACACAUCUGCAUCAAGAGUGACAUCAUCUGCUGCAUAGUGACAAUCUGUAUAUUUUAGCCUGUAGAGGACAGUAUUUGAAUUCUGGGCUCAAAAGAAGAAAUAUACUAAAUAUAAACACUUGGGGACAGUUUCUCAAUCAAAAGUUUAUACUAAAACUUUUUUUUAGAAUAUAUUGACUGAUCUGACAGUAUGUAAAUAUUUUAUAUAUAUAAAAAAAAUAUUCCUGUUAUUUGUAGUUUUAUACUUUGUUUCUAUAACAAAAAUAUUUUAUCAUUUUUUUCUUACAUUUUUGUAAAAUGUUUUUAUCUUCAACUGUAACUGUUCUGUGCAUUGUCUCUGUAAUGAAAAGCAUAGUAAGUUGCUCAACACAUUUUUCAAAAUCACAUCAGUAAAAUUAUUGUACAGAUGUUGUAUUUAUCGACAUUACUUGCAUAAUCAGAUACAAUGCAGAAUGGAAGAAUGGAAGAGGGAGCAAAGAGACAAAAUCCUAUGCCUGGAAUGAUGGGAAAAAAGGAAAAUUAUUUCCAGAAAGGACAUUGCAAGUACAUUAAUUUUGUAUAAUUUUACUGCAAGAAGGUCCGUAAAUGUUGGGUACAUGUGUUACAAUUUUGCAAAUCUUAUAAAAAGGGCAUAUGGAAGUCUGUUUUAUUUAUGUUUUGUAUUUUUCUUCAUUUUUUUGUAGACAGUCUUCAUUAUAUUGUUUACAUGGAGAUAAUUAUCUCUUUAAAUUUGUGUAGAAUAAACAUGCAAAAAUGAUUAUUUUUCAACCUAUGUGACGCAAAUUGAAAUCAAAGACUGCAAACUCUU